CCCGGACGGUGAAGUUUGUGAUCAUAUUGUAAUAGCAUCUUCACAAUCAUACCGAGUUUUAUAACCACUACAUAUCAAAGGAUUUAACUUACCCUUUCGAUAUAGAGAUUAAGAGAUAUUGUGGUCAGUGAAAAUGGCCACCAGUCGAGAAGGAGAGCGGGCGACAGACAAGGAGUGCAGCCAGUCCGGUCUGUUGACGCCGCCGCCUACGCCCACCAGUCCCUGUGGAUUCCAGUUCCCGGGUCUGGGUGCAGGUCUAGACCGAGGGUCAGCCUUUACGCCCUGGAUCCCGCGAGGUCCGUCACUCCUGCCACUCCUACCGCCAUUCCCCAUACUCCCCACCAUCGCCUCCGUCGCCGCCGCUGCCAGUGCCAAGCAGACGUCUCCAGGGUUAGACCCCAGGGUGAUGGGGAUGCUGCACAGUUACCAUUCUCUGGGUCAGCUGCCUUGGGCGGCUCUGGGUGCUGGCGACCUGGCCCUCAACCGUCUCCUGUUGACUCCUGGAGGCCGCCUCAGCCGACCCAAGAAGCGCUACAUCUGCAAGUAUUGUCAACGGGAGUUUACCAAGAGCUACAACCUGCUGAUCCACGAGAGAACACACACGGACGAGCGGCCCUUCCCCUGCGACAUCUGCGGCAAGGCCUUCAGGAGACAAGACCACCUCCGCGACCACAAGUACAUCCACAGCAAGGAGAAGCCCUUCAAGUGUGAGGUGUGUGGCAAGGGGUUCUGUCAGGCGCGCACCCUGGCCGUCCACAAGGCCCAGCACGCCCACGACACUCACCCAACCUCAACACAAACGUCUCCGUCACCUCCACAAAUCUCGCCCUCGACGAUACUGCCACCGAGAACGUCGCCAGGGAACCACACGAGGGACACUGAUAUACCCAUCCUCAGAAACCCGUCUGUGUUAACACCCACGCUACCUAAGGACAUUACCCUCAUACCCUUGUACAACUACCCUGUGAAGAAGGAGGCGGAGACGGACUCCCGGAAGCACGCCCUCGAGGCCCUGGUCUACCCAGCGGCCAAGAAACCUUUCCUGUUGACGGAAGCAGAAGAGAACAGCGGUAAGAAGAGACGAGGCUUCUCCAUCGAUGAUAUUAUGAAAUAGUCAGCCCUACCUCACCACACUAACCCACCUCCCAUGACUGAACUUACUGUACUCUACCUACCGUCUGUACCCUUCCUCCUCACCAUCUUUCUCUACCUGAGGGAAUAAGUCUUCUCACGACCCACCGGCAGCAGUCCAUGAAAUAAUCCACUUCUCUCUCU